CUGCCGUGGGGCGCAUUUGCGGCCACUGCUAGAUCGAGCGUUUGAACGGGGCCCGGCCCGGCCCGAGCGAUCAUGGCAGGGAUGUGAAGAGGAAGAGGAGGAAGAGGAGGAAGACGGUGGCGUGGUGAUCGGGUCUCUGCUUCUCGGGGUCUCGUGGAGUUUGCAGUGUGGGGAUCGCAAGUGCGGACGCUUUAUUGCGUGCAGCGGAUUGGUGUGCGAUUGGGGAUGGAAGAAUUGAAGGGCAGAUGCCGUGUGGACUUAGACGAUGAGGACGGAUCCCGCGCGGUGGUGCCAGGACUUGGUGUGGGCUUGUAGCGAGGUCGAUUUGUGGCGUUGGUCCUCGGCGGGCGGGCGGGCGAGCGAACCGAACCGAACCGAACAGAACAAAACAGAACCGCUUGGAGCGCGGUGGUUUUGGUAGAUGCGAGGGCAAGAAGCGACAUGGACGGACGAUGGGGAUGACUUUGGUGAUUGAGCGCGAUGCCCUUCGUGAAUUAUGGUCUGCCAGGCGCUCGAAGGGUGGAGGUGAUGGGGGCCUCGUCCGCGAGGAUCGUUGUUCUUGUGAGAAGGAUGUGAACCGAUUGAAGUUGGCUGGCUUGUGAGAUAUGAGUUUGUAGUCGCGUGCAAAUUUUCCGAAAGCUUGUUCGGUGGUCACAGCGGGGCCUAUUUUUGCGGUCUUUGCCCGAAGAACCGACAUCUGCGCCCUCUUCACUAGAGGCAUGUUGUUCAGUACAUACCAGGAACGUCCAGUUUCUUAGCAGAGGAGUGUUGCCGUAGUUCGGUGUUGUAACAUCCAAUCUUGGCGCGACGAGAAGGUUUUGUCUUUCUUGAAAGAGUUCUUGCUCACGAUAAUUCGACGAAAUCUGCCAGAGCAUAGUCCUCAACACUCAAGAGGGCGAAACUGUACAAUAGGCUGGGUCUUAGUGGUAACCCCAACCCGCCACCCAUCAACGAGCUUGUUGUUAGAACUUCCCUGCAAACAAGUCGGAGGUUCGCGAUGGUGGGGUCACUCAUCACCAGAUUCGUCAUGCCUUCGAGGUGAAUGUGAAUUUCACACGAGGAGUAUCCCAGGAAGAAAUCUAAAGGGUGUUGUCGAGACCAUUUAGGGUUUCGAACCGGAGUUUGUUUUGCACGGUUCAAAUACUCUACGGAAGUAAUCAAGCAUGUUCAACCAAAUAUUAUUUUUGUGCAGAAUGGUUUUAGGGUAUCUGUACCCUGCAUACGAAUGUUUUAAGAGCGUGGAGAAGAACAGGCCCGACAUGGAACAUCUUCGCUUUUGGUGCCAGUAUUGGAUGAUCAUCGCCCUCGUUACAGUCAUGGAGAGACUGGGAGAUGCGCUUAUAUCCUGGCUUCCUAUGUACAGUGAGGCGAAGCUGUUCUUCAUAAUAUAUCUGUGGUAUCCCAAGACGAGGGGAACGACGUACAUAUAUGCUACAUUUGUAAGGCCUUUUGUAGCGCAGCACGAGUAUGAGAUUGAUCGUAAUUUAAACGAAUUGAGAACAAGAGCGGGAGAUGUGGCUUUUCGUUACUGGCAGCAGGGUUCAACGUAUUUUCAAUCUCGUUUCGUUGAGCUGCUGCAGUACCUUGCCUCACAAUCGCCAAGAGCUCAUCCUCAAUCAGACAAGGAAACAAAAGCGGAGGACUUCAUCAACCACAAAAGAGGAAGCAUUCAAAGCAGCAAAGUUGUCUUCUGACAACCACUUGUAAGCCUAAAGAGGAAAGAUCGACUCGAUGGUGAUAGUGUCCGCUACACGUAUCCGCCAUCUCCAAAUCCUUCGGCGAUGGGACCGAAGCCACCUGGGCCGCCUGGCUCUUCGCGGCCUCCACCUGGACCUCCACCUCCACCUUCGUCUGGACCGCCCCCACCUGGACCUCCUCCUGGCAUGAUGCGAUCACGACCUGUUAUCCUUGAGGAUGAUUAUGAUGUUGUGGACAGUCAUGAACCGAGCGUACCUCCUUAUCUCCCUGACGAAAAUGUCGGACCUGGUGGAUACAUGACCAGAAGUCGGCAGCGAAACACAGCCAAUCGAGUCUGGUGAGAAAUUAUGUUACGUCUUAGACUUAGUAGGCCAGCAGAAAAAUCGGUUGUUUAGUAGAUGCAGUAGUUGUAAAUCGAGUGGUUUUUCUCACUCUGCAGUAACUUAUUUAGAAGGUUCCGUUCACACCAAUCCGCAAAUCUUUUUUGAGGAAGUGGAGCAGUCAGUAUGUUGUUAGAAUCUGAGAAUGUUUACAUAUAGUUCGAAACGUGUAGAGAAAGUCUACCAAGUCAAGAAGACUGGUCCCUUUCAUCUCUUUAUACAGUUGUAUUUCAGAAUUUUUUCCAAGUUGGAAAGAUGAUAUGCAUGCUAAAAGCAUCAACUG